UGUGUGUUUGAUACGUGCAAAAGGCUCACAGUGGCGUUGAACAACCAUCAACACCGGCCGACUGGAGUGGUAGUGAAUGGUUGAAGUUUUUCUUAAACAAACUUUCAACAUGGCAAGAAUAAACUCCGUCGUGCUGAAUCUUAUACUGCCCGUCAUCUUGGCAGUCAUAUUCUUCCGGUCCACGGCCCUGACAUCGCUCAGGGAUGGCAUGAAACCGUAUUUUGUUCACGACCCCAACGGGGCCCGUUCCGAAAACACAACGGUCGCUGCGAGCCAGAUUGCCGAGGCCCUGGACACUAUUUUCAGCGGACGUUUUCUGCUGUCAUUGGGGCUGAGCGUUGCCCUGGUGUACUCCUCGGUCUACGUCUACCAACUGUUGUUCUACCCGCUCGAGUUGACCAGGAGCGAGGGAGACGUAGGGUACAUUCUGGACCACAGAGGAGGCAAGAGCAAGCAAGAUGUUGCUAAUGAGAUGCGACAGAGAAGACGGCUUGGGAAUCUUCCCCCUGUCUAUCCGAAUGGAUGGUUCUCGCUGUUCAGAUCUCAUCAAGUUCAGAAAGAACCGCGAUAUGUCAGUGCUCUUGGUCAGGAGUUGGUUGUGUUCCGUGGCGAGGAUGACGGCCAAGCCUACAUCGUGGAUGCCUACUGCCCUCACCUUGGCGCUAACCUUGGAGUCGGAGGUCAAGUCCGCGGUAACUGUAUAGAGUGUCCGUUCCACGGCUGGACCUUCAGAGGGGAAGAUGGCAAGUGUGUCAAGAUUCCAUAUGCACAGAAAGUUCCUGACUUUGCAAAGAUUAAAUCCUGGCCGUGCCUGGAGACGAACGGGGAGAUCUUCGUCUGGUUCCAUGCAGAGGGUGCUGAGCCGUCAUGGACCCCACCGGUCAUUGAAGAGAUCGCUAAUGGGAAGAUGAAGUAUCACGGCAUGACCGAGCAUGUGGUCAACGCCCAUGUUGAGGAGGUACCAGAGAAUGGUGCAGACAUUGCUCACUUGGGACAUCUACACGGACCAAUCAUGUUCCUCGGCAGAGAUCUACGUGAAAUUUAUAAUGUGUUCUGGUCAUUUGCCAAGCAUGAAUGGGUCGGGAAUUGGGACAUCAGUCCCGAUGAGAAACACACAGGUACCCUGUCCCUCAAGCAUAGGUGUACCAUCUUUGGCAUUCCACUCCCGCUGAUGACGGUGUCUGCAGAAGCUAUCCAGGUUGGUCCUGGUCUGGUGCACCUCUUCAUCAGACAUUGGUUGUUUGGGGAAGCAGUCUUGGUGCACGCCAUCACUCCCAUCGAGCCCUUGAAGCAGAAACUGACCCACUGCUGCUGGAGCAGAACCUUCCCACGCUUUGCCGCUAAGCUGAUUCUCUUCUCGGAGUGCUUACAGGUGGAGCGUGACAUGAUGGUGUGGAACCACAAGACCUACAUGUCCAAGCCUGUCCUUGUUAAAGAAGACUCCCUAAUCUCCAAGCACCGUCGUUGGUACUCCCAGUUCUACAGCGAGAACAGCCCCAAGUAUUACGAGAGAAAGGUUGAGCUUAGCUGGUGAGAUGGGAGGGUGUCUGGAUGCGGUCAUAAUCCAUUGAUGUGAGUUGUUGGAAGUUCGAGGAGUUCUCUUUUAAUUCUGAGAAUCGUUAUAAUAAAUUCCAAAAUAAUAUAAACUUAUACAUUUAAUGGGAAGAAAGUUAAUUGUUUUGGUGUAAAUUUGUAUUAAAUGUGAGUUGUGAGUUGUUGGGAUUCCAAGGAGUCCUCGAUUAAUUCUGAGAAACAAAUACCUUCAUAAUAUAUACUUACAAAGAUAACUUAUUGUUAUUGUGUAAAUUUGAAGGAAAAAACAACAUUUGGCUUAUAUUUUUGUGUUAAUGGUUUUAAGUAUGUAGAAAUAUUCCAAUUUGUGAAUGAUGUUUUAAUUAGUGAGCAGCUUAUGUACCAAAUGCAGGCCAAUGCUUAAAAAAAAGGAAUGUUAAGUCGAAGAAAGUGUUAAAGUUUUUCCACAUUCUCCACCUUAGCCUUGCCAAUGCAAAGAAUAGUUUCCCACCCGAGAACUGACAAAAGUCAUUGUUACUUAAUAAUACUCUCUAAACGAUGACAGUCAAUUUGGUGGUUUCUUCAGCACAAAGCCAUUUUCUUAUUGUUAGAAUCUUGUAAACCUCAACCACCGUGUUAAACAAAUCUAGGGCAGUUUUUAGUGUGUUGUCACUUUAUGACCAAAAACAUAAUUUUUAUUUACUUAUAAUUUACUUGCAAUGUAGCUAUGCAAGACGAGCAUCACAAAUUAAUUUGCAUAUUUAUGGCAGAGUGGAAAAAUGUAUUAUAAUAGUUGUCUACGCAUUACAUGUACCUUGAAUCACUUAAUCAUGGAAAGCAAGAUUUGAAACUUUUUUGUAUUAAUCAAGGAAAGUUGUAUAUUUUAAUCAUGCAAAUGCCAGAUGAGGUACGUUCUGCUCCCAUUCACUUUACAUGUAAGUGUCCUGGGUGGAUUUCACAAAGAGUAAUGACUAGUCUAGACUAGACUUAUCCUGACUUAGGACGAGUUACUUGUCCUAACUUAGGAUGGGUUCAAUGCGUCCUAACAUCUUCAAAUGCGGAACUGAACUCAACCCAAGUCCUAAGAUUAAUCCUAAGUUAGGUAGAGUCUGGUGAAAUCGACGGCAGGAAAGAGUUAAGACUAGUCUUACCUCGAGUUAGGACGAGUUACUUGUCCUAACUUAGGACUAGCAAUAAGUUUUAAGUAUCUCCUCCUAACUCUUUGUGAAAUCUACCCCUGGUCAUUUGGCCAAGAACAUGACAUGUCUGUCCCAAUUGUUCUGUGGGCCAGCAGUCCUCAAUCCUCCGCAAACAAAUAACUUUCUGAUGAGGAUUUUGGUGGAUUUCUGAGGAUAAAAUAAGGACAUAGAUAGCUGGCUUUUCUAGGAUUGAGGGGAGUAUGAUUUUUUUGAGACUUUACACCUCAUGUAGUUCUCAUGUUUGAAAACCUAUACAUCAUAAGAAUGUUUUGGGGUUUUGAACUAUAAUAUUUAUAGACAGAAACAUUUCUCAGGUACUAAAACCAAUUCUAGUGAAACCGUGCUUUCAAAGUAGUACUUUGGAAUUAUUCAGUUUUUAAUCUCAUCUUGGUUUAAAAAUUAUAUUAUAUGCUGAGCAACUAACAUUCAGCUAAAUAUGAACACCAAUAAUAAGAAGAUCAAAUUAAGGCCAAGUAAGCUGUUUACAUCGUUCCUCGUCAAUUUCUGCUCAUGGGCCAAAUUUCAUUUUGAAAAAAAGAAAAAUCAAAGUUAGUGCUUUUAAGAAUUUAGAGAGCAAACCACAAAUACUAAGUUUAAUACUUAUUGGGUUAUUUGUGUGUUUUGUUAUCCUGACUAAGCAGCUAAUAUUAUGGAAAGAAUUACUGAAUGAAAAAUAACUGUAAAAUAAUGUGUAAACAAUGUUAAAGAAGUUUAUUUUUAGUUGAUAAUUCAGUGUUUAAGAAUGAAAUACAAUUACCAAUGCAAUUUGAAAGAGUACUAUAAAAUGUCGACACACACUCAAAAAGGCCUUUAUUAUACAGACUAAUAUCAUGGAAGUUUCUUUGGUAGUCGGUAAUUGUGACAGGUUUUUGUUUAUUUUGUGCACUUACAAGUUUGAAGUUAAAUGUGCUUUAUUAGUUAAGGUUUUUUAAAUUUGCUUGCUGAGUUCUAAAUUUAAUGUCAUCCUUUGAGUGUUGGACCUGAAGCAUACAGUUAUGGUUUUUAAGUUAAUAUUACAGUAAAUUAACGUAGUAAUCACACAAUUUCUUUCUGCAGGCUGUCUUAAAGGCAGUGGACACUAUUGGUAAUUACUCCAAAUAAUUAUUAGCAUACAACCUUACUUGGUAACAAGU